AUGAGUCAGGAGAUUGAUUUUGAAGGCUUCCUAAGGGCCUAUCUGAAUUUGCAAGCUCUAGCUACGACCAAGCUGGGUAGUUCAAAAAACUCCUCAUCAUUCCUCAAGACCACCACAACCACCCUUGUCCACACUGUUAGUGAAUCAGAGAAAGCAUCUUAUGUUUCUCAGAUCAAUAGCUAUCUUAGGGAUGACCCAUUUUUGAAGCAGUUUCUUCCAAUAGAUCCAGCUACAAAUGCCCUAUUUGAUCUUGCAAAAGAUGGAGUUCUUCUAUGUAAGCUGAUCAAUGUUGCUGUGCUGAAUACGAUAGAUGAACGAGCUAUGAACACCAAAAGAGUACUCAACCCAUGGGAAAGAAAUGAGAACCGUACACUUUGCCUCAACUCUGCAAAGGCUACAGGCAGCACUGUAGUUAACAUCGGCACCCAAGAUCUGGUUGAAGGAAGACCUCAUCUGGUGCUUGGUUUGAUUUCUCAAAUUAUAAAGAUUCAACUCUUGGCGGAUCUCAACCUUAGGAAGACACCUCAGCUUGUGGAAUUGGUGGAAGAGAGCAAUGAUGUUGAGGAGCUUAUGGGAUUAGCCCCUGAAAAGGUCUUGUUAAAAUGGAUGAAUUUCCAUCUCAAGAAAGCAGGCUACAAGAAACCCAUAACAAAUUUCUCCUCUGACUUGAAGGAUGGAGAAGCUUAUGCUUACCUGCUUAACGUGCUUGCACCAGAACACUGUAGUCCGGCUAACUUAAAUGCCAAGGAUCCUAAUGAGAGGGCUAAUUUGGUGCUCGAGCAUGCAGAAAAAAUGGACUGCAAAAGAUACUUAACCCCAAAGGAUAUUGUUGAAGGGUCACCCAAUUUGAAUCUUGCAUUCGUUGCACAGAUAUUCCACCAAUGGAAUGGCUUGUCUGCAGACAGCAGCAAGAUCUCCUUUGCGGAUAUGAUGACCGAUGAUGAGCAAAUAUCUGGAGAAGAGAGAUGCUUUCGAUUAUGGAUCAACAGUCUUGGAAUUGCUUCUUAUGUGAACAACUUAUUUGAGGAUUUGGGUUCCUCUCUCAAGGCUGAGCAUGUUUUGCAUGUCUGCAAUGGGGUGAUUUUUAAUGCUUUCCUGUGGCAGUUGAUGAGGUUUAAUAUGCUUCAACUCUUGAAAAACUUGAGAUCUCGCUUCCAAGGGAAAGAGAUUGCCGACACUGAUAUCUUAAAUUGGGCAAACAAAAAAGUGAAGAGCACCGGCAGAACUACUCAAAUUGAGAGUUUUAAGGAUAAGAACCUUUCAAGUGGAUUGUUUUUACUUGGGCUUCUCAGUGCAGUGGAGCCAAGGGUUGUCAAUUGGAAUCUUGUCACCAAGGGUGAAAGUGAUAUGAUUAUUUGCCAUUGCGAAAUCUUUUAUGGAAGUAAUAAGCUCCAAUUUGAUGAAGAGAAGAAGUUGAAUGCUACUUAUAUAAUUAGUGUUGCAAGAAAGCUUGGAUGUUCAAUUUUCUUGUUGCCUGAAGACAUCAUGCAGGUAAACCAAAAGAUGAUCCUUUCUCUUACAGCUAGCAUCAUGUACUGGAGCCUUCAGCAGCCAGUGGAAGAGCCGGAGUCAUCUCUGUCGCCUGCUACUACUGUGGCUAGUCCUGAUGCAUCACCAACACCGUCUAUUAAUGGUGAAUAUGAAAACUUCCUGUGUCCAUCCCCUGCUGCUGCUGCUGCUGCUGCUGCUAGUCCUGGUGCAUCCCAGGAACCGUCUAUGAAUGGUGGAGAUGAGAAGUCCAUGGUUGGUGAAAGCUCCCCGGGUGGUGAAUUCUUGAACUUGACUAUUGAUGAUGUGGAUUCUGGUACUACGGUGUCCUCAGAAGUUGAAAAUAAAGACGCCCCAGAACAGAUUGAAUGAGAGUUGCAAAUGUUUCACUGCAUGAAAUUGGACAGGAGCAAUGAGAAAUAAGAAUUGUAUGAAAAGAAAUACAGAGAGAUCAAGGAAAAAUAAUCGUUUCAAGGUAAAGGUGGUCAAUAAGAUAAAUACUGCUGCUGCAAAACCAGAACAAAUGCACUGCACUAUGUUCCUGGGUCAUAAAGGAGAAUGAGUCUUGUAGAACCUGUUACUUUUGAGAUACAUUUGUCUUUUCUUUUUGUACAAUCUCUCUCUCUCUCUCU